AUGAAAAGGCUGUCCACAUGUCCGCCUUAGUUGCUGAUUUAUGGAAUGUUACUAAAAAAUGCAUCCAAAGAGAAUUGCGAAGUCAGGAUGUAUUCAAUUUAUUAAUGUCACAAGAACGAUCUUGAAAUCAUUCGAAUCAGAACCAAAGCUCAAUCGGAAUAUAUCAUUUCUUAACAGGGUGAUUAUACUAUGAUUGGGAUACAAUUAUGCGGCAAAGCUAUUGAGGAGGCCAAAUAAGCAGCGGCUGCUGAAGCAUAGGCUGUAGCUGAGGCAGAAAAGGCUAAAAAGGGGGACAAGGAAUAAAGUUGA